UAUUUUUCUAUAUGUCUAAUCAUAUGCACAAUUAUUAGUGGCGAUGCAACAAGGACAUGACAAAGUGGUUGCUGUUCUAUUAGAAAGUGAUACCCGGGGCAAAGUACGUUUGCCAGCCCUUCAUAUCGCGGCGAAAAAAGAUGAUGUCCGAGCCGCAACACUUCUGCUGGAGAAUGACCACAAUCCAGAUGUCACUUCAAAAUCUGGCUUUACGCCACUACAUAUUGCAAGUCACUAUGGAAAUGAAGCAAUUGCUAACUUACUCAUUCAAAAAGGUGCUGACGUCAAUUUUCCAGCUAAGCACAAUAUUACGCCAUUGCAUGUGAGUUGCAAAUGGGGAAAGUCAAAUAUGGUAUCGUUACUUCUGGAAAAAGGUGCAAAUAUCGAAAGUAAAACGCGUGAUGGUCUUACCCCAUUACAUUGUUCUGCAAGGUCGGGACAUGAGCAGGUUGUCGACAUGCUUUUGGAACGGGGUGCUCCAAUCAGUGCAAAAACUAAAAAUGGAUUGGCGCCUUUACAUAUGUCCGCGCAAGGUGAACAUGUUGAUGCUGCUCGAAUUCUCUUGUAUCAUCGUGCUCCUGUUGAUGAAGUUACUGUCGAUUAUUUAACUGCACUUCAUGUUGCUGCACAUUGCGGACACGUACGCGUUGCAAAAUUAUUGUUGGAUCGUAAUGCUGACGCCAAUGCACGGGCACUAAAUGGAUUCACCCCACUUCAUAUUGCUUGCAAGAAGAAUCGAAUAAAAGUUGUUGAACUCUUGCUUAAGCACGGUGCUAGCAUAUCAGCUACAACUGAAAGUGGAUUGACCCCGCUUCACGUUGCGUCGUUUAUGGGAUGCAUGAAUAUUGUUAUCUACUUGCUGCAGAAUGAGGCGAGUCCAGAUCAACCAACAUGUCGUGGAGAAACACCUCUGCAUUUGGCUUGCCGUGCCAAUCAGACCGAUAUAAUUCGAAUUUUGUUGAGAAAUGGAGCUCAGGUUGACGCACGUGCUCGAGAGCAACAAACAGCAUUGCAUAUUGCAUCGCGGUUGGGAAAUGUUGAUAUUGUUAUGCUUUUGCUUCAGCAUGGAGCCCAGGUUGUCGACAAUACAACACGUGACAUGUAUACUGCCCUACAUAUAGCUGCAAAAGAAGGCCAGGAUGAGGUGAGAAAUCUUAUAUCAAAAAAAAUAAUGGAUCACAUCGACACUAUUUACUCUAUGCAAUUGUUUUGGAUUCGACACCAAGAAUUCUUUAUUUGAGAGUUCUACGAUGAAGUUUUUACGAAUUAUAAAUAUAUAUUUUUUCGCACUUUAUGAAAGUUUUGUGCAAUUCUAUUUGCAAAACAUCCUAAUGAAAAGAUCGUUUUUUUAGUGUGUAAAUUUUCUCUUAUAUUUUUUUGUAAUUUUCAUUUCACUUAAUAAAUUUACUCAAAUGUUUGUAUUUUAUUUUAA